AUGUUUCGGCCGAUUUUUCUUCUACUCUUCUUCAUCAACCCUUGUUCAUGUUAUUUUCGGCAGGUGUAUAUAGACUUGUUCUUCAAAUGCGAUGGUAAGCCCGCCGAAGGAGUGGUAAGUCACUACCGUACCUUCUAUUCUUAAUAAAACCUUAUUUAUACAAAAUGUUCCACUGGUAAUUCCUACAUUCUAGACGGUCCAUCUAAAACAACAAAGUAUUUUUUGGUAUGACGAAGAGAAGGCCGUUUCCACAACAAAUGCCAAGGGAUUCCUCAAUUUUAUAAGUUCGGGAUGGUCUGUAAUUUACCCGCCCUCGUUCUACAUCACAUUGUGAGUUUGAACAAGUUGGAUUCUUUAAAAUUUCGAUAAAAAUUUGGCACUAACUGAGACCGAAGUUUUUUACGGCCUGGAAAAAAACGCGUUUUGCAGAAACCGUUGAGAUUUCAUCGCUGGAAGCUGUCGAAAUUCUGACUCUUUUCAAGGUUUUCGAAGUGAAAUACUGGCUUACUGCUGUAAAUGAGCCAACAUUUUACUCCGCAUACCUUGAAAAGAGUCAAAAUUCCGACAGUUUUAGCGAUAAAAUCUCAAUGUUUUCUGCAAAACGCGUUUUUUCUGGAUGCAAAAAACACUAGUCUCAAUUUGUGUCAAUUUUCCCCAAAAAAAUUCACCGUUUUUAGUGAACUCCUUUCCCUUGUUUUAAUAGUUCGAUAAUCUUAUUUUAGUACCAAUACCUGCUGCCACGAUGCCAACGUUCAAGUCGACUUUCAAGUUCGGCCCAAGCUGAUGGUGAACCGAAAUGUCGUUUAUUUGGAGGAAUUUUGCGACAGCAGAGCGCCGUUAGUUCAAAUACACUACUGA